UAAUUGAAUGCUCGCAGCGAAACGAAGACGAGUUCCGCACAGAAAACCCUAUUCACUCCAUACAUCCACGUAGAAAACAUGAAGUUUCCGACUUUGCUGGUCGUCUUGGGCCUUUUGAUCGCCCUCUUUGCCGGAUCCUCGGAGGGCAGCUAUUGUCCUUGCGAUCUGAAGACCAAGGGCACUGAGGUCUGCGGCUCAAAUGGUGUUACCUUCAAAAACCGCUGCGAGUUCGAGUGCAGCCAAAGGGAUUAUAAGAAACUUGGACGCACCCUGAACAUCCAAAAAGAUGGACCUUGCAACUAGACAAGCGGAAAUGCUGUUAAAUCUUCGGACCCAUUUGGAGCCAAAAUACAUAAAAACUGCAGUGCUGAGUGCUGUGAGAUAGUUCUCGACAUGAAUAAGUGACUAUCAAAAGCUUAAUACUCUUGUGGAAACAAUCUAAAAUGCUUUCUCUCGUUUAUCAGUAAUGUAUAUUAUAACCAAGAUACUCUAACCAAAUAAAGUAAAAGUGUAAAUUAAUUAAUCUUAAACGCAGUCUUGGUAGAACAUUUGGUGGAAUAGGACUGCGAGUAUCGGAUAAUUUUUCAUUUUCUUGCGCAAAAUGAAGUUCUUGGCCAUGCUGGCUCUUUUGGGCCUAUUGGCCAUGUUAUUUGUGGCUCCAUCGGAGGCAAGCUAUUGUCCCUGUAAUCUUCGAAAGGCAGAGGUCUGUGGCACCAAUGGUGUGACCUACCAAAAUCGAUGUGUUUUUGAGUGCACUCAGCGGGAAUAUAAGAAGCUCGGCAGAAAUCUGAACAUCCAGAAACUGGGAUCUUGCCAAGCCACUCGAUUCUUUUGACACAGCAAUUACUUCAUACUUUAAUGAAGAAACAAAAAAUAAUAAAUAACCAAUUAUA